GCGCUUCUUUAGGCGCGCGAGGAGUGGGCAUGGCGGAUGCUGUGCUGUUCGAGUUUCUUCACAUGGAGAUGGUGGCGGAGUUGUGCGCUCACGACCCCGACCCCGGUCCGGGGGGACAGAAUACGAACCUGUCAGUCCUGGAGAGUAUGGGCUUCCGCGUGGGCCAGGCUCUAGGCGAGAGGCUACCCCGAGAGAUGCUGGCCUUCAGGGAGGAGCUGGAUGUCCUCAAGUUCUUGUGCAAAGACCUGUGGCUGGCCGCAUUCCAGAAGCAGAUGGACAGCCUGCGCACCAAUCACCAGGGGACCUAUGUCCUGCACGACCACAGCUUCCCCCUCCUCCUCCCCAUGGCUGCUGGCCUGCAGUAUCUUGAGGAAGCGCCCAAGUUCCUGGCCUUCACUUGCGGCCUCCUGCGUGGCGCCCUCUGUACCCUGGGCAUCGAGAGCGUGGUCACCGCCUCCGUGGCAGCCCUGCCUGGCUGUAAGUUCCAGGUGGUGAUUCGGAACGCCUGAGCCCCCCCCGAACCUGCUGAGCACACUGCUGCCCCCACCCUCACUGGCCUCAGGAGACGGUGGCUGCCUUGGGCCCUGGGCUGCUGCAUUUGGGGGUGGUCUUGGGGCCGGUGCUAGGUAUCCCAGGCUCUAGGGGUCACAUAUACUCAGGAAGUGGGUAUCAAAGCGAGGUGGGGUGUCACAGGAGGCAAAGAGGUUCCAGCCGCAAUCCGGACGGGGGUGGGACUCCUGCCUCAGCGGCGUCGCUGCCCAGCAGGUGUUCAAUAAAGGCUGUGUGUGUGGAAUCCGA